AUGUUGUCACUUUUGCCGAAGCCGAUUGGGGCGAGGAUAGAAGUGGAACUACAAAAUUACCCUCGAAAGGAAGUCGAAUUUUCACCCGUUAAUUGUACGGCAUAUUCACGAAGGGAGAAAUGGCAUAGUAGGAGAGGUCCCACAAUAGAGAAAGAGGAAGAAGAUGCAAUUGGAGAGCGUCAAAAUGAAAACACGUGUCCAGAGUACUUCCAAUGGAUCCACGAGGAUCUAAAGCCGUGGGCUGGGACAGGGAUCACGAGGGAGAUGGUGGAGAGAGGGCGAGGGAAGGCUACUUUCCGGCUGGUGAUUGUCGGCGGUAGGGUUUACGUGGAGAAGUAUUUAGAAGCGUAUCAAAGGAGAGAUAUUUUUACGCUGUGGGGGAUCCUACAAUUGUUACGGUGGUACCCAGAUAAAAUUCCCGAUUUGGACCUCAUGUUUAGUUGCGAAGACCAGCCCAACAUUUUUAUUGGUAAUUAUAGUGGGCCGGGGCCCAAUUCAAUGGCCCCACCUCCUUUGUUCCGGUACUGUGGUGAUGAUGACACGUUGGACAUCGUUUUUCCUGAUUGGUCCUUCUGGGGAUGGCCAGAGAUCAAUAUAAAGCCAUGGGAAACACUGAUGAAAGAACUCAAGGAAGGAAACGGAAGGAAAAAAUGGAUAAAUAGAGAAAACUAUGCUUAUUGGAAGGGAAAUGCUUUUAUUUCUAUGCCCAGAUAUAAACUUUUAAAAUGCAGUCGCUCUACUCAACACGAUUGGAAAGCUCGUGUCUACAUGCAGGAUUGGCAUAAAGAAGUUAAACAAGGAUUCAAAAACUCCAAUCUUGCUGAUCAAUGUUUUUCUAGGUAUAAAAUUUACAUUGAGGGGAUUGGUUGGUCAGUGAGUCUCAAAUAUAUCCUUGCUUGUGAUUCAAUGACAUUAAUGGUAAAACCUCAUUUCUAUGAUUUCUUCACAAGAAGUUUAGUGCCAAUGCAUCACUAUUGGCCAAUCAAAGAUGAUGAUGAUAUGUGCAAAUCUAUCAAAUUUGCUGUUGAGUGGGGCAAUGCCCACAAAAAAGAGGCACAAGCAAUUGGAAAGGCAGCAAGUAAGUACAUGGAAGAACAACUAAACAUGGAAAAGGUGUAUGAUUACAUGUUUCAUAGUCUAAAUGAAUACUCCAAGCUCUUAACUUUCAAGCCAACCAUCCCACCAAAUGCUACUGAAAUUUCCUGGGACGAUUUGGCUUGCCCUAACCAAGGCUUAGCCGCCAAGUUCAUGAUGGAUACCCUCGUAAAACGACCUUCCUUCUCGAGCCCUUGCUUCUUGCUUCCACCUUUUAGUCCGAUUGUUCUCGACUACAUUCGAACCAGAAAAGAGACUCCAAUCAAACAAAUUGGUAUGUGGGAGAAAAAUAUGCCCCUUUAG